AAGCAACAAGCGAGAGUCCCUCCUGGUAGAAGUGUUCAUCGUUGUCCGCAACCGUCGUGAUGUUGGAAUGGUCCGACCUGAACAGGUCGGGACCUGGUCGUCCUUUGGUGGUCGAAGUGGUCGCCCGGUGGGGAGAGGGGGUUGAUCUUGACCCUUUGGAGCCACCGUGCCAUGCGGCCGUCGGCGGGUACAACAUCUGUGAAACGUUUUGACCUCUACGGCAAGGUGCACGAUGACUACCGGAUCAAGACACAGAGCGGCGGGAUCAUCUCCCUCGUCUCCAUGCUGAUCAUGGCGGUGCUCUUCUUGUCGGAGCUCUCCAGCUAUCUCAGAGCCGACAUCCUCGACCACAUCGUGGUCGACACCUCGCUCAAUCAGAAGCUGCCGAUUGGUCUCAACAUCACUUUCCCUCACCUCCGUUGCGACGAGGUGUCGGUGGACACGGUCGAUUCCAAGGGUGAGAACCAGGUGGAUAUCGCCGGAACGCUCACGAAGGUGAACUUGGACCUGGCUGGAGCGGUGUCCAAGGGGGAUCCCGUCGCCAAGCCCGGGGAGUGCUUCUCCUGCUUGGAGGCCGUGGACCCUGGGGACGCGGAGAAACAGCCGUGGACCCUGGGGACGCCCAAGAAGAGACUGAGGGUGGGAGGUUAAAACG